AUCAUCAAGCACAUAACAACCCCACAUCACUCUGCAACAGCCCUGGUCGAGCUCGAGGGCGUAGAGGUUCUCAGAUAAGCCAGAGUGUCUUUAUGACCGUGAUAAGCGACUAGAUUACUCUGAGUCAGCCGAAAGGACAAACCCAAGAGCUGAAGAACUUAGUCAGGAGUGUACAACAACCACUUCAACCAAACUCAAAAAUACUCAAAUUGUAUCGUCAUCCAUCCCUCAUCGGUAUCAUCUGCUCGAUACACUCGUUCUCCCCCGACAGACCAUAUCCUCAAGAAUUCCUUCUAGCCUUAUAAAAACGGAAAAGGGGAUAUCUUCAAAAAAAAAAACACCCCAGCAAGAAAAAAAGAGAGAAAAAACCGACUAAUCUAGAGUAAAUAAACUUGUCGAAUACCAAAUCGACAGAGGAUCUGGAACCAUAAUCAGCUUGAAUCCACUCGAUCGAUCGAUCAGACCUGAUGUCCCGCACCGCUUCACCAUCACAUACUCGUCGCCAGUCGAGUAACAACUAUGGGAACAAUAACCAAUCGAACAACCAUUCCUUUCGAUCAAGACCAGGCGGGGUGCCAUCCUCAAGCGGGAGUGGAGGAGGACGAAUGAAUUCAGGACGAGUCCCAUCGCCAGCCCUGAUGGGAGGAGCAGGAGGAGGACCGCAGACAUCGUCGAAUCAGGCCGGAUUCUCAUCGAUUCGAAAUAUCGGCCUCUUAUUAGGAUGGAACGUCAAGUUCAAGUUAAACGAAGGACCGGGAGUAGACCGAUGGGAAGAAGGGAUGAUCUGGUGCUAUGACCCGAUUCCAGGGGUGGUGAUCUUGCAGUGUCCGGGUAACAGUAAGGGUUGUCACACCUAUCGGAUGAUCAAGGUCAAUCAAAUCAAGGACCUCCAAGUCGGUAGCUUGCUCGAACCUCUCCCUCCCAACCCUUCUGGCUUGAUCCCCAAGAUCUUGGAACCCGUCCGGCCGAUCCACGUCACCGCUAUCGCCAUGAGAGAGGCUCAAGCCGUCGCUGCUGAUGACGCUAAACGGGCCAGAAUCGGUCAUGGCGUCUCUCGUUGGGCUCAGGAAAUCUUCGACGCUCUAGGGAAAACAUUACCUGUUCGAUGGCAUCAAACAUCGAUAAUCAUCUUAGAUGAUGUACUACUACCGGGUCCAUUCUAUCGAUCAGAAGAUGUCAAAGUGAGCGGCGGCAAUGCGGACCGGAUGAGUCGAGUCAAACAAGUCUUGGAGGGCGAAUGGUCCCGCUUGCUUCGGACUGAGGAAGGCAAACAGAUGGAAUUGGAGGCCCGGAAUUCUGCGUCUUCUUCCUCUUCUUCUUCGGUGGCUACAGCCACUGCUGCUACUACUACUACUACUACUACUCCCACUCCUGCUUCUUAAGAAAUCAAAUCAUCUGCUUUUCUUUGGCUCUUUUCUUCUUCUUUUGCUUCUUCUUUGCGUUUCUUUCGUUUCUUGAAAAGAAAACUUUUGACAAAUC